AUGCAGCUUAAAUUCUUCGUUGCGGCCUUUGCCUCGCUGGCUCUUGCUAGCGCUGUCGCUCUUCCAGAGCCUCAGGAUGCUUCACCACCCUUUGUAUGCGGUUGCACCAAUGCAUGCAAGCUUGCUAACAAGCCAGGCAUGCUCUGCCCAGAGUACUGUGACCCCAAAUACGAAUGCCCUCCUACUCCUGUCUCGUAUGCUCCUACCACUACGCAGACUCCCAUUAGAAUCACAGAAACCUGUGGCCCUUGUCUGAAUGACUGCCUCGUUGGCUGUCCCGAUCUUAGACUAUGCAGAUGCGCCGACUUCUGCGAUCCUAAGUACUUCUGCCCGACAUCGACAACCACUACUCCAACCAGGCCGACUCUAACCCCAAGGCCAACUUUCAUUUGUGGAUGCACAAACGCCUGCAAGAUCGCAUGCCCAACCUGCAUCUGCCCACAAUAUUGCGAUCCUAAGUACGAAUGUAACGUCGCCGCAGCCCUUAGCAUCAGGACGACCAAGACCACCGCCGCUCCCCCAAAGCCGACCUGCGGAUGCACAAACGACUGCAUUGUCAACUGCCCACCCGGUGAAAACUGUAUCUGCCCACAAUACUGCGACCCUAAAUACGCUUGCCCAGCGACUUUACUCACCAAGAAAAACAUCGCCCCAAUUCCUACAACCACUGGUAUCCCAUGCGGCUGCCACAAUGACUGCACGAUCUCUUGCAAUAGGAGAGGUUGUGCUUGCCCAGCUUACUGCGAUCCUAAGUAUGCGUGCAAAGCGUAA